CUAAAGUAUUGCAUUAUCUGCUAUUUGUUUACGCACAGUGCCAUGAUGCAGCUGUGCAAAGUGUGCAGCGAACACACACCGAAAUACAGAUGUCCAGCCUGCCGAAUAAGAUAUUGUUCUCUUUCCUGUUACAAGAGGCAUAAAGGCGGGUGUCAUCCUGUUCAGCAGUUUAUACCCAAUGGAACGAAGGAUGCUGUCAGGACUGACACGUGGAGUGUGGCGGAUGUUCUGCACGAAGAGGACUUCGCCGAUGUCGUACCUCUAGAGAAGCUCCAGUUGUUGGGUCAGUCAAAAGAGCUCAAGGAUCUUCUUUGUAAUCCCCACCUGAGAGAACUACUAAGGACCAUUGACAGUGCAGACAGCAAGGGAGAAGCAAUGAAGGCAGCUAUGCAGGAGCCCUUAUUUGUGGAGUUUUCAGAUCGAUGUUUGAAGGUCGUAGAAAAAGACGCUCAAGCGCGGGAGUUCAGCGAGGUUACGGACUGGUAAACCUGCUGUAUUUACUUCGAGAAUAGCUUUUCUAAAAAUAUAAAAAUGAUCUCGGAGGAAGCCGCUCUUAUGCAUUCAUGUCGUAUGUGACAGAUGUUUUUUUUUGGGUUUUUUUUUACAAUUCAACCAAUUCAAUACUGGAAUUCAGUUUUGGUGCAUUUUGUCCCAUGAACACAGAAUUCAGAUUUUCUAUAAAGCAUGCAUGUUUUAGUAUGAACAUACCACAUUUAAAAAUGUGGACAAAUGGACAAAAAGUUCCAAAUAUUCCUCUCGUGAAUAUAUUAAAGCAGCAGUCUGCACAAAUGUUGCUUUGGUGUGCAAUGUCUGCAUCAGUUGUGCAAAGAUGCAUAUCCUACUUUGCUUCUGCAACAUACAAGCAAAAUGAUGUGUUGACAUUAUGUUCGUGUGUGUGAGGGAAUGUUUUUUCAUUAUACAGUAAAUCAUUCAAAACAACUCAAAAUAGCCGAUUAGUGAUACAAAUACUGUUUUUGUUGAAUUUUUUUUUUUUUUUUUUUAACUAAGUUACAACACCGUGAUCAGCAACAUUCAAUGGAAGGCAGCAGUGAGAAAACAAAAGUUAUUUUCCUGAAGUAGCAACAUGCAUCCAUCCAUUUUGAAUAGCGUUCGUCUUCAUUAUGGCGCCUAUCCCAGCUGACUUUGGGGAGGAGGUGGGGUGCUUGCAGGGCAACCAUAUGCAUUCACAAGUUAAGAGAAAGUCCAAUUAAGUGAAUUUUAGGUUCUUUAGGUGAAUUUUAGGUUCAGCCUGAAAUGAUCUGGCCAAUUAUGUAUCGCACAUCUUUUUACACUUGACAUUCAAAGUCACCUUAUGCUGAACGGUGACGUGACAAAAGUGAACAACUUUUCUGCUUUUGCAGAAAAGUUGUUCAUGGAAGUAGGAACUAUUGCGCCUUCUCCAGCAGGAGUUCAUUGAAGCCAGUCACAUAAUUCCUCAUCUCUGGUUGCCUGUUUGCAUAGAGAAGGGGCGAGCGCUUGCAGUGAAGUUUGACAGAUCCCUGAAAUGCGGUAGAAAAGCACUUCCAUAAGAACAACUAAAAAAACACCCCAAUGAAGGAAUUCAUAGGAGAAAAGGUUCUAUUAAGACGUCCCCACCUUGGGUUGAGCUCGAAUAGAGGUGAUUCCCUGCGUGUUCUGGUUGGUCUCCACCUUGUACUCUCCUCUCCUGGAGGGCACUUUAAGGGAGGCCACCACAGACAUCAUCUUGUGAAAGCCCGUGGCCCUCAUGGACAACGUGAUGGAUGGGGCCGAGGGCAAAGCCAGCCCCGCGGGCCACCCUCGCGCCGUGACGGGCUCCUGGAUGCCGGAGAGCAGCACCGAGCCCCGUUCCCCGAUGACGGCGUUCAAUCCCGGCACGUCUUGCCGAGUGAGGUCUUCUGCAUCGUCGAGCUCUGCCUCGGCUAACGACUUCAACGUUGCCUGAUGCGAGAAUGCAACAAUUGCAUUAUUUCCAGCUCACGUGAGGCCCGGCCCUCCUUCAGCUUACCCUCCACUUCCUCCAGCAUUUCUGGAUAAGUGCUGCAGCUCUGCCCCAUUUCUGCACGCGCCUCCUGACCAGCCAAGAACGGACCGCUGGAAGAAGCAUACAAAUCAGAUGAAAAUGACUCUAACGUGUCCCACAAGUGAGCUUCUGAAUCUUCUUCUGCGGUGUUUCCCAACCUUUGUGCCAAGCCAUAUACCGCUAUUUUGCAUGAGGGAAAAAAUCCCUUACAGUGAAGAGAGCGGGUUUGAGUAUCAUUAAAAGCGCUAUAGCUGUCCCAUCAAUUAUUUUUAU